AUGACCCAUUCAUUCUUUCGGACACUCUCGACUGGACUGCUCCCUCUCCUGGCUGCUGUCACGGUGGUCGAGGGACUGGGCCGCCUGCCCGCCCUAGGCUGGAACUCCUGGAACGCCUUCGCCUGCGACAUCAACGCCACCAAAGUCUUGACUGCGGCGCGGCAGGUCGUGGACUUGGGAUUGAAGGAUUUGGGAUAUCAGUAUAUCAACAUCGACGACUGCUGGUCCAUCAAAGACCAACGUGAUCCCGUCACGAAACGCAUGAUUCCUGAUCCUGUGAAGUUUCCCGACGGUAUUGCCGGUGUGGCUAAGGAGAUUCAUCAUUUGGGGUUGAAGGUGGGGAUUUAUAGUAGCGCCGGAACGCAAACCUGUGCUGGAUAUCCCGCCAGUCUAGGAUAUGAACGCAUCGAUGCACAGACCUUUGCGGAAUGGGGAAUUGACUACCUCAAAUACGACAACUGCGGUGUCCCCUCCAACUGGACCGAUACCUACACGCACUGCGUCCCUGACGAGACAAACGGCAACCACUUCCCCAACGGCACCUGUCCGGACCUCACGGCACCCGCCCCGAGCGAAUACGACUGGCGCCAGUCGAACACGGCCCUCCGGUACCGCAUGAUGCGCAACGCUCUGCUAGCUGUCAACCGCACUAUCGAUUACUCGCUGUGCGUCUGGGGUCAAGCGGACGUAGGGGUCUGGGGGAACGAGACGGGGAAUUCGUGGAGGAUUAGUGGGGAUAUUACGCCAACUUGGACACGCAUCGCCGACCUUGCAAACCAAAACACCUUCCUUCUCAACGACGCCGAUUUCUGGGGAUUCCCGGACCCGGACAUGCUCGAAGUCGGCAAUGGGAAUCUGACUCUCGCGGAGAAUCGAGCCCAUUUCGCGCUGUGGGCUGUUAUGAAAGCGCCGUUGAUUAUUGGGACCGCGCUCGACAAAAUCCCCGCCACUCACAUCUCCAUCCUCAAAAACAAAUACCUCAUCGAUUUCAACCAAGACCCGUUGAUCGGUCGCCCCGCGUACCCGUUCAAAUGGGGGUAUAAUCCAGACUGGACGUUUGAUCCGCUUCAUCCGGCAGAGUAUUGGUCUGGAGAGUCGUCGAAUUUAGGCGGGACGUUGGUGCUCAUGCUGAACAGUGAGGAACAGGUGGCGUUGAGGGGGUUUAGAUGGGGAGAGGUUCCUGAGUUAGCAUCUAAGAUUCAGGAUGGGGGUGAGGAGACUGGAUUUGAGGUGGUCGAUAUUUGGUCGGGAGAGAAUCUGGGGUGUGUGAAGGGGGGGAUUAGUAGGGAGGUUGGGGCGCAUGAUGUUGUGGGGUUUGUGGUGCAGGGGAGGUGUUAA